CGCCUUCUCGCUGACUUCCACCUGUGGAACUUUGCACACCUGUCGCUUCCCGUAAACUCGAAAAACAUGGCCCGGCAAAUCCAUUCUUCGGAAUCUGAUAUGGUAUCAUAAGACAAUGCCUCGCGAGAGGACUGAUUCGUCGAUCAGGAAGCGCAAGUCUUCCGCACGUAGCAGUCAAGACGACAUUGGGUCAAGCAAGCGUCCAAAGAAAUCAGUUGCAUGUAAUCCAUGCCAUGCCCGCAAAGUGAAAUGCUCCGGCGGCGAACCCUGCUCCAAUUGCGAGCAGGCAAAGUGCCCGGCGGACUGCAAAUAUCCCGUGCGAGAUGCAAAGGUGACCGUCUCUGAGAGCUACAUUGAGAAGCUCCUGGAAGAGAAUCGCCAGCUACGCCAGACCAGUACGCCCACGACCCCAAGAGACAACUCGAACACCAUCACCACCACCGCCCAACAUGAUCAGCGAUCACAGACAGCCCCUACAAGCGAGCAGCGCGAUUCGGCUCGGAACCCGCUGCUUGACGACCGCGGCUGGUUCUACCGCCUGGGCAGCUCGGGCAGCAUGCCCGUGCACAUUGGUGAGGCCGCGGACACGGCCUUUGCCACACGCUUGCGCCAGGCUCUGGCAGAAAACAACAACCUCAAGCACAUGCCGCGCAUCCAUUACGUCAGCGACGAGCGCCUCACGCAUCUCGCGGCCAGCAACUGCCCCUGGCCCUCGAUGCCCAGGGCCCGGCUGCUCAUCAAGUUCGCCAUGGACACUGUCGGAUCUGUCUAUCACACGGUCCGCAGGUCCGAGAUCUACGGCGGCCUCAAGCAGCACUACCAGAACCUCCCAACGGCGGACACCGUCUUCGGAUAUAAGCUGUGGGCGUUGUUUGCCCUCGGCGAGGUCUACUCGUGUAGAACGCCGGCGGCGUCGCCAGACAACUUUCCCGGGCUGGGCUACUUUGCCCAGGCUUGUCGUAUACUGGGGCAGUUUCGAGAACGACCGCAGUUUGAUGAUAUCGAGGUCUUGCUUCUGUUGUCAUUGUAUAAUCUCCUGAUCAAUAGAAGAUACACGGCCCAUGCCUUGGCAAGCAUGGCCGUCAGACAGGGAACAGUCAUUGGUCUCAACCACAACAUCGCAUUGGACCUGCUCCCGGAUCGUGCGGCGCAAGAACACCGUACGCGCGUCUGGUGGACAGCGUACUUGCUGGAGCGACUCUGGGCGUCCAAGAUGGGCCACGCAGUCUCAAUCCAAGACGACGACAUCACUGUCAGCAUGCCCUCGCAGGAAGGCCUCCCAGAGUCCGUGCAAGGCGACUUUAUCGAUGUCGAGCACGUCAAGGCCAGCAUCCGCCUGGCGAGGCUGUCUCGGGACAUGAUCAACUCCAUCUACAACCGCAAUGCCACGCAGCCUUUCUCGCAGCGCGUGCAGAAGACACUGGGCGAGCUCCGCGCGUGGGUCAAGGAGCUGCCGACCCAUCUCCAGAUCGAGUCGCGGGAGCCGGGCCGUCCACUUAUGAGGCAUGUCAAGUGGCUGCACAUGACUUUUAAUCAGCUUGUCAUCGUCGCUACCAGGCCGGUGCUUCUGCACGUCUUCCGCACCAAUAAACAACUCUGGUCCACGCCCACGCCGGCCCAGAAUCUCAGGCAAGAAGUCGGCGAGACGAUGCUGGCCCUCGCCGAGGCAUGCAUACGCUGCGCCCGGCAUUCCCACCAGCUCCUGACCGACUGCUGGAUCGAUGGCUCCUUUGCCAUAUUCGACUACACCUACACGCAGUACCUGUUCUCCGCGACCACCAUCCUGGCCAUAUCGAGCCUGUCCAUUGGCCGGUCCGACCAGGAGGACAAGGACAGCUUCGAGUAUGCGUAUCAGUUUAUCGACCAGCUCAAGAAGAACGGCAACUUUGCCGCUCUCGAGUUCUGGCGCCACGUCGACGAGGUCCGACUCGGCAUGCUCGACUUCCUGUCCAAAAUGGGCGGCGGCGGAGGCGUGAGCGACCCUGUCCAUGGCCCGAACGGGCUGACCCUGGGCACUGGUGAGUCGGCGGCGGCGGCCAUGGGCAGAAGUGGUGGGAACGCGCCAUCGCUGGGACCCUUUAUGCCGUCCUCGGCGAGCCACCAGCAGCAGCAGCAGCAGCACCAUCUUGCGCAUAUCUACGGCGGUGGUGGCGGAACAGCUGCUGCCACAACCCCAAACCACACGGGCUACCAAUCCACCAUGACAACCGAGAUGGCGCUGGCCGAGCCGUCGCUGCAGGAUUUCCUGUCGCAGGCCGCCGAGCUGGACCUGGGCUUUCUCGACACGCAGAUGCACGAGUCCGGCUAUCAGAGCCUCUACGUACCUGGUGUGCCGCCGACAUAUGAUUCUUGGGAUCCAAGCUGAUGCCCGCCCCUGGGAUUAGGGGGGGCACUUGGUAGGAUUAUAUAGAUGAUGUGUGUUAUUACAAUAGUUAUUACAGGACUUAGUGUACAUAGUCUAAAGCAUGGUAGGCCUGCUGGGGUAUAUAUCUAUAAAAGGCAGAGCUCCCAAAAAGAAAAUCCCAAAUUUUUUUGUUU